CACCUCUUUGUGAUUUCCUCCUCAACAGGGCCUGCUGGACCUCAAGACACGAUUUGAUCGUUUCCUCCUCGAGUCUUUCAACAAUGAUAGACUCUUCAAACAGACCAUAGCAGGAGACUUUGAGUAUUUCCUCAACCUCAACUCCCGCUCACCAGAGUACCUAUCACUCUUUAUUGAUGACAAGCUCAAGAAGGGUGUCAAAGGGUUGACAGAACAGGAGGUGGAGUCGAUCCUUGACAAGGCCAUGGUGUUGUUCCGUUUUAUGCAGGAGAAGGAUGUGUUUGAAAGGUACUACAAGCAGCAUCUGGGCCGCAGGCUGCUCAGCAACAAGAGUGUUUCGGACGACUCUGAGAAGAACAUGAUCUCUAAGCUCAAGACAGAAUGUGGCUGUCAGUUCACCUCGAAACUGGAAGGGAUGUUUAGAGACAUGAGCAUCUCCAACACUACCAUGGAUGAAUUCAGGCAACACAUACAAACCACGUCGGCAUCUCUAAGUGGUGUGGACCUCACAGUACGAGUCCUCACUACUGGUUACUGGCCUACACAGUCGGCAACCCCCAAAUGCACCAUCCCCCCUUCUCCCAGACACGCCUUUGAAGUCUUUAGAAGGUUUUACCUCGCUAAGCACAGUGGUAGACAGCUCACACUGCAACACCAUAUGGGCGGGGCAGACCUAAACGCAACUUUCUAUGGAGCUAUUAAAAAGGAGGAUGGUUCAGAGGUGGGUGUGGGAGGGGCUCAGGUGACGGGCUCUAACACCCGGAAGCACAUACUGCAGGUCUCCACCUUCCAGAUGACCAUCCUCAUGCUCUUCAAUAACAGAGAAAAGUGCACUUUCGAGGAGAUCCAACAAGAGACGGAUAUUCCUGAGCGGGAGUUAGUGCGAGCGUUGCAGUCUUUGGCCUGCGGGAAGCCGACACAGAGAGUUCUCACCAAGGAGCCAAAGUCUAAGGAGAUUGAGAGCGGCCACGUGUUUACAGUUAAUGAUCAGUUUACUUCCAAACUGCACAGAGUCAAAAUACAGACAGUUGCUGCUAAACAAGGUGAAUCAGACCCCGAAAGGAAAGAGACGCGGCAGAAAGUGGAUGAUGACAGGAAGCAUGAGAUUGAGGCAGCCAUUGUCCGAAUCAUGAAGUCGAGGAAGAAGAUGCAGCACAAUGUCCUGGUGGCGGAGGUAACUCAGCAGCUCCGAGCACGUUUUCUUCCGAGCCCUGUUGUAAUUAAAAAGCGUAUAGAAGGACUAAUAGAAAGAGAAUACUUGGCAAGGACGCCAGAAGAUCGCAAAGUGUACACCUACGUUGCAUAGAAGAUGAACUGUGGAUGAGAGGAGGAAGAGACUGGACCGGGGGGAAUGGGAUUUGUUGUUUUCUUUGGACUGUUGUUACGCAUGGACUGGAAGUUUCUUUUAAAGACAAGUGAUGGGAACCUGAUUCAUCCUCCCUUACAAAAACACAGUAAACGCAUAAAUGGGGGAAUAAAAUGUCAGCGCAGGAAAAAAGAAAUCAAUCAAAACUUGUAGAUGAUUUUUAAAUCAGGCCCAGUCUUCCUAUUCCCUGUGAGUUUUAACAUGGAUGGAUCCAGCUUCAAGCUUUUCACUGUUUUACCCUUGUAGAGAUCGAACUUGCAAAGAAUCCCUUGGGAAAAUGUGAAUGCACCACAUUAUUUUUGUUUCAAUACUGUAUAAAAAAAUAAUAAAAUUAUUAAAAACAGCAAA